CACCGACUCGAUGCUGAUGGUGGACGUGAAGAAGGCCGGGUGGAACGCCAUGAAGUGCCACAAGGACCUCGGCGCGCCCGAGCAAGGCGCAUGCACGCCCGCGAACUGCAGCAAGGGCGGCAUCCCCGCCAAGUGGAAGACGUCCAACCUUCUUAAGAACAAACUCGGCGUGGAGGUCUAUGUUAAGGGCAACCCUCUCACUCUUAAGAAGGCGUCUCCCCAGACGUGCUGCAACACGUGCGCAUCGUACAAGAGCUGCACGUACUGGCAGUACAUCCCCGACAUCACCAUCGACGGCAAGAAGUCGGACGGUGUGUGCUACCUCGUGCACGACGACAUCGACUACUCGUGCGGCGAGCUCACCGCUCAGUACGCUACCGACACGAAGCCAAUCGCCCUGCAGGUGCGCACGGGCGGUUAGUGCAACCCCGCGGCGAACAUCGUGAACGACCCCCAUCUGGUGGGUGCGUUCGGCACCCACUUCGACUUCAACGGCCGCCCCGACAAGGCUUUCUGCCUUCUCACCGACCGCGACCUCCAUGUGAACAUGCUGCUCCGCGGGUACUACUCGGACGACACGGAGAACGCGGCGCUGGUGGUGGACGGCAAGGCCGUGCACACGUGGAUCAAGGAGCUCGGCCUCGUGUGGUUCGCCAAGGGCGCCGACCACAAGGUGCGCCUGGCGGCCCGCGGCGGCAAGCAGCAGGAGCGUGGCGACGGGUUCAUGAAGACGAUCGAGAUCGACGGCGAGGAGAUCCCCAAGAUGACCGUCGGCGACGAAGUGACAUCCGAGGGCGGCCUCACCCUGCGGUUCGCGGCGCUCGAGAAGGAGGGUCCCUAUGACGUGGACUACUACACGCUCACGAUCGACGGGCUCGUUUCCCUGGACCUGAGGCUGCGCGUGGCGAACCCGAAGCUGCAGACCCCCAACGACGCGGAGGCGCAAAUCAACGUGGGCAUCGUGGAGCUGGAGCACACCGACGACGUGCACGGCGUGCUCGGCCAGACCUACCGCCCCGACCACGCCGCUCGCGCCGCCGACUUCCAGCGCCUGAUCGCGAACCUGCACCGUCCGAUCUCGUCCGACAGCGAGGAGGGCGUUGGAUUCCUGGACAGCACUCCCCGGUCGUACGAGUCGAGCUCGGUGCUGUCCGUGGACUGCGCGCACGCCGAGUGCCACCGCGCCAAGCAGCUGAGCCCCGUCGAGGAGUUCCCCAUGGAGCCCCUCAACUGAGCAUGCGCGGCGGUUUCGAUAUAGU